UGCCAAAUAAAGCUAACUAGCAAUGAAAAUUCUUACAAAUUGUGAAAUUUCAAAUUGUGCUUAUGCAGGCUAUCUGUAUUAUUGCGCAUUUCCAGCCGUGUUUACAAAACCUGAGGCUGUUCUCUAUGCGCGGUCGUUGAUUGAUUGACUUAGCUCUGUAUGUAUUGCAGCUAUGUAUGUGUGUGAAUGGCGCACAACCAACCCUCGCAUACAUGCACCACACAAUCAACGCCGUCAGAAAACUAAUCAAUCAUUCAAUCGAACACUGGCACACACACACUGGUGCUGUUUUCGUCUACAUCAGAGACUCAGUUCAUGAUUGGUGCUUGAAUCGUGAGGUCGGUCCAGUUUCGUCCAUCGAGGGUGUUUUCGUCGACUCAUAUUUAAAACGGAUUUCAAGAUUGUAACAACAACAAGAACACUCACACAAAAACGGAAUUUAAUUCCAGGAUGACAACGUCUUUGCCUGACCGCUUCAGCGCUGGCAAGCGUCAGUUUUGGCGCGAGUUCUUGGCCCUCUAUCAAGGAAUGCCACAGCUAUGGGACGCUAACCAUGUCGACUACCGAAAUAAGGAACUGCGAAACAAGGCCUACGAGCUUCUGGAGACGAAGCUAAGAGAGAUCCAGCCGAAUGCAACGCGCACUGAAGUUGGGCGGCGCAUCAACAUCUUCCGGACGAACUACCGCCGCGAACAGAUGCGGAUUCUGAAGCAAAAGGAACUGGGAUUUCAUUCGGAUCUGUGCAAGCCCACGCUUUGGUUCUACGACUAUAUGGGAUUCCUUCUGACCCAGGAGUCGUUUCAACAAGGCAGAACCAGAAAAGUUCGCGGAACGGCGACCACAAAACCAAAGACGAUGUUUGAGUUUGGAAAAGAUGCCUCAUCAGACCCAUUGGAUGCUGUGAGUGACUGGCCAACAAAGGAGACAAUAGCCAGCUAUCUACCAGAGCAAGGUGUGCAACAAUCAGAGGAGAGUUCGCUGCUGAGUCCGAAAAUAGAGAUCAUCGAGCAUGACGGGGAACCCAUGGAUACUGAUAGGCUCACACGAGACGGCGAUGUCAAACCGGAAAUUUGUGGAUUUAACACAUCCGACUAUAAGGACCGCAACGUCUCCACGAACGUGGCGUUGACUGUGGGCAGAGGAUCAAAUGGUACAGACGCCCAUCCAGCUUUAAGCGAGGCCUCGGAGGUGCUGGCCAAGUCCUGGGCGGUUCAGUAUGAAGAGAUGGCACCGACGCAAAGAAUCUUGGCACGAAAAGCCAUUGCCGAUAUUCUUUUUGAAGGCUGCAUGGGCAAUUUGCGAAUAAACCGUGGCGAAACACGCAGCACAGUGGGAAACCAUUUGUAGAUCUAAUAAUUAUAAAAUUAAAUGAAUAAUCA